UUCUGUCUUCUUCUUCUCGUCCUUCUUCUCGACUUGUCUCCUCUCUCCGACAGUAGUUUUGACCGUUGCUUUCUCCAACGUCUCUUCCCUACAGAAAAUCCUCACGCUUACUCCUCGAGCUUCUUUUGACCAUAUAACACAGCCCUGUUAAGUUUUGUUUUUUUUUUUCACUCUCUGGGUUUGUUCAUUACAUUUUUAACAUCUCACUCGAACAAGUCCAAGAUUUGCCACUUUUAUCUCAUGUGAGUUUCUGUCAGUUUUGAGUAAUUCCACAUUUUUAUUGGAAAUAAGCAAAAAUGGUGCAUGGGUUUUAAAUUUUCUUGAGGAGGGUUUAAGAUUUGAAGACUGUGAAGAGCUUUUUGUCUUGUCUGUAUGAGAAACGAAAGAUAAUGUCUUUUUCUUCUCAUUUAAUGUGAGUUGAUAUGAUAGUAAAUAGCUAAAAGUCCACUCUUCUUUGUUCUCAGUUGUUUCACUACAAUGAGGUCUUGAUCUGUGGAUUUGAAGCUUGAGAUUAGAGAGAAAUGGGAUGUUCUCACUCCAAGUUAGACGACGAAGAAGCUGUCCAGAUCUGUAAAGACAGGAAACGUUUCAUCAAACAAGCGAUACAAGACAGAACCAAGUUUGCCUCUGGUCACAUUGCUUAUAUCAACUCACUUAGACAAGUCUCUGACGCUCUCCAUGACUUCAUCCAAGGAGACAACAACUACAAGCCUCACGAGUUCGUUCCCAGUCACGACUCAUUUGAGGUGACUCCGGUUAAGAGAAAACCACCGAGCAGCAGCCGCCGUAGAAGCACCAGCAGGAGCGGCUGUGAUGAGUUCAUAACCAUUUCGCCUUCUUCCAUGCCUCCAAAAAUGAUUCAAGAAAAGCCAAGAACGAAGGUGAGAGCGAACUACUUGAUGGCUAACAGAAGCAGACCGGUUCGUGUCGAGCAGAGAUCCCCUGAAACGUUUCGCGUUGAGUCGUUUCCACCACCGCCGAGUCACCAAUACGGAGAAGGAGAAGCUGAUGGUUUCUUUGGGAUGAAUGUGGAUAUGAAUGUGAACACUUCAGCAGCUUCUUCUUCUUCGUUUUGGAAUCCGUUGAGCUCUCCUGAACAAAGGCUAAGCACUCAUAACAUUCCUCCUCCUUCGCCGCAGAACUCGCAGUGGGACUUCUUCUGGAAUCCCUUCUCUUCGUUGGAUUAUUAUGGAUAUAAUAAUAGUUAUGAUAGGGGAAGUGUGGAGACUCGUACUGGUACUGUGGAUGAUGAGAUUAAAGGAUUGAGACGUGUUCGUGAGGAAGAAGGGAUUCCAGACUUGGAGGAAGACGAUGAACCUCAGCCUCAGCCUCAGCCUCCGAGGUUUCAGAAUCAUAACUUGAAAGGAAACGAAGCUAGUAGAGGUAAUGUUGACAAGAGUUGUUGUAAGGAGGAAGUUAAAGUUGAAGACGUUGAUGAUGAUGAUGAAGAUGAGGAUGAGGAUGAGGAUGAGGAUGAUGAUGGGGAGUUUACGGACAGUGGGUGUGAAAGCGAAAACGAGGAAGAUGAGAAAUGCGUUGGAACGCAAGAACAGCGAACCGUUGAGGUGCCUAAAGUAGAAACUAAAGAUAAUGUUGUUGGAGUUGGGAAGGUUGAAGAGGUGAAGAAUGUUGUUAACGUUGCUAAAAGAGAUACGCAAGGUUUCACGGCGUAUGUGAACCGGAGACCAACGAGCAUGGCAGAGGUAAUCAAAGACCUUGAAGAUCAGUUCACAACCAUUUGCGACGCGGCCAAGGAAGUCUCGGGGCUAUUGGAAGCUAGCAGAGCUCAGUACCCACCGUCUCCUAAUGAUCAUAGUGCAAUGAAGAAGCUGAAUCCUGUAGCUUUGUUUCGCUCGGGUUCAUCAAGAUCUUCCUCUUCAAGAUUCUUGCUCACUUCUUCUGGUGGUUCCGGGUCUGAAAGUAGAAGCGAUGUUUCAGAUGAAUCUUGCAUGGUUUCAGGUAGCCACCAAACAACACUGGACAAACUUUUCGCGUGGGAGAAGAAACUCUACGAUGAAGUUAAGUCCGGAGAACGUGUUAGAAGAGCAUACGAGAAGAAAUGUAUGCAGCUAAGUAAUCAAGACGUUAAAGGAGAUGAUCCUUUUGCAGUUGAUAAAACAAGAGCUACGAUUAGAGACCUUGACACACAGAUAAAGGUCUCUAUACACUCUAUUGAAUCCAUCUCCAGAAGGAUUGAGACUCUUCGCGACCAAGAACUGUUGCCUCAGCUUAUGGAGCUUGUUCAUGGAUUAACAAGGAUGUGGCAAGUGAUGGCAGAGAGUCAUCAGAUACAGAGAAGAACACUAGACGAAGCCAAAAUGUUACUUGCAGGGGCACCUGUUUCAAAGCGUCACAGGAAGAGACAGCCUCCAGUAAUGCCAGAGGCAAUCAACUCUCAAAGAUUAGCUCAAUCUGCUUUGAAUCUUGAAGCUCAGCUUCGAAACUGGAGAGCCUGCUUCGAGUUCUGGAUCACGUCUCAGAGAUCCUACGUGACAGCAUUGUCCGGUUGGCUUCUGAGAUGUCUCAGAUGUGAUCCUGACCCUGAGAAAGUUAGAUUGUCCUCGUGUCCUCACCCUAUAUACCGAGUCUGCAUCCAGUGGUCCAAGUUGCUUAACAGCUUGGAGGAGAAGCCGGUUUUGGACAAACUCGAGUUCUUUGCCUCAGGGAUGGGUUCGGUAUACGCAAGACAGGUUAGGGAAGACCCGAGUUGGAGCGGAAGCGGCGGGUCAAGGAGAUAUUCCGGGUCGGAAAGCUUGGACCUUGUGUUGGCUGAAGAUGUUGUGAUGACUGCUGAGAAACUUGCAGAGGUUGCUGUGAAAGUUCUCUGCCAUGGGAUGUCUGUUGCAGUGAGCUCACUAGCUGAGUUUGCUAUCUACUCGGCUGAUGAACACUCAAAGCUUGUUAACCAACCAGAGGACACGUCAGGGCAACGUCCGGAUGUAAAUUUCAAUUCCUAACUGUUGUUUGGUGUUAGAGAGUUUAGGCAUAUAGUUUAGGUU